UUUCCGCAAGGUGGCGACUACGGCGGGCGCAAAUUAAGUGCAAAGAAGUUUAGAAGAAAUUAAAUAAAUACAUAACACAAUGGCUGCUAGAUUUAUACAGAAAAUUGUCAACACAACACCCGCUGCCAGUCGUGCCUACUCCUCGGGCACCAAAAAGGUCACACUGAUACCCGGAGAUGGCAUUGGCCCUGAGAUUUCGGCUGCUGUGCAAAAGAUUUUCACUGCCGCUAAUGUGCCUAUCGAAUGGGAAGCCGUCGAUGUGACGCCCGUGCGUGGACCCGAUGGAAAAUUCGGCAUUCCCCAAGCGGCCAUCGAUUCGGUCAACACCAAUAAGAUUGGCCUUAAGGGACCACUGAUGACACCAGUCGGCAAGGGUCAUCGCUCCCUCAACUUGGCUCUGCGCAAGGAGUUUAAUCUGUAUGCCAAUGUGCGUCCCUGCCGCAGUUUGGAGGGCUAUAAAACCCUCUACGAUGAUGUCGAUGUCGUGACCAUUCGUGAGAACACCGAGGGUGAAUAUUCGGGUAUUGAGCACGAGAUUGUCGAUGGUGUCGUCCAGAGUAUCAAACUGAUCACCGAGGAGGCAUCGAAACGUGUGGCCGAAUAUGCCUUCCAAUAUGCCAAGAAUAAUAACCGCAGGAAGGUGACCGUUGUCCACAAGGCCAACAUUAUGCGCAUGUCUGAUGGUCUGUUCCUGCGCUGUGUGCGCGACAUGGCCCAGAAGUUCCCGGAAAUUCAAUUUGAAGAGAAGUAUCUCGAUACAGUGUGUCUGAAUAUGGUACAGAAUCCCAAGAAAUAUGAUGUUCUGGUCAUGCCCAAUCUGUAUGGUGAUAUUCUGUCUGAUAUGUGCGCUGGCUUGGUGGGCGGUCUGGGCCUGACACCAUCUGGCAACAUGGGUCUGAAUGGUGCUUUGUUCGAGUCGGUCCAUGGUACUGCUCCCGAUAUUGCUGGCAAGGACUUGGCCAAUCCCACUGCCUUGCUGCUCUCCGCAGUAAUGAUGCUGCGCCAUAUGGAGCUCAAUUCGUAUGCGGAUAAGAUUGAGCGUGCUGCCUUCGAGACCAUCAAGGAGAGCAAAUAUCUGACUGGCGAUUUGGGUGGACGGGCCAAGUGCUCGGAGUUUACAAACGAGAUCUGUGCCAAACUGUAAAUUGUUUUGCAGCUGCCGCCUCUCUGAUGCCCGCCCCAAAAACCGCUCGUAGCCCAUUGUCAAGAAAAAAUGUGUGCCCUGGAUGCAGCAGUAGUAGUAGUAGAAGAUUAAGAUGAUGAUGAUGCAGUUUAAGAUCAACACAGACACUCGCUUUUCAAACCAAAAACAAAAAGAAAACCAGAAAAAUAACACAAAUAACUAGAACAACCAAGCAACACACAAAACUUAGCCGCAAUUAUUUUUUUUUGAUAGUUCCUUUUAAAAUUUUUUAUACCUUUUUUUUUAAAAAGAAAAUCAAAAUAUUGUUUGCACCCGCCCGCCACCCCGGUAAUACCAUGAAACAGUCUACCUAAAGUAUUUUUAUGUUCGAAUACUUAAUUGUACAUUAUUAAUUAUAUUAUUUGCUUAGGCCAAAUUUCUUGUUGAAUUAAAACACACACAAAAGAAACGACGAACCGAAAGUAUUCCUUAUUUUUUUCGGUAUUCCUUCCCGCCCAAUCCCCAAAAUUAUUGUAAUUGUAAACAUUAUUAAUUUAUUAUUAUUAUCCCAAUUUUUAUUUUUUUUGCUUUUUGUACAGCAAUUGUACAGGAAAUAUAGGACAAAGUUUGAAAGUUGAGUCUCUGCGUGUGAGUGUGUGUGUGUGCAAGGAAUAAAGUAAAGUAGUAGACAAGAAAAGGAUAAUGAGAGAGAGAGAGAGA